AUGGCGGGAGACAUAAGCAGAGUGCUAGAGGCAAUCCAGAGAAACAUACGGAAUGUUGGAAGACAGUUAGAACAAGAAAAUCCCGAUACUGUUAUGCUUGAUCGGCUUUUGAGGCAUUCGUUGGACAACCUUGACAGAAUUUCAACUCCAACUAACCAGUUCGCCGAGGUCAGAUCAGCGGUACAAGAUAUGAUAGAGGUGGUCAACAACGCCGCAUCAGCAUCUGCCCAAUCCAGAUCUGAUACAACGGAUUCAGAUUUUCAAGGUAAGUACUCUGAUGGAUUUUCAAAAGGGAAACGCCGUCCUGCAUUUGGGAUCACUGUCGACCUAAUCCGGAGACAGUUGAAGAAGGGCUUCACAGCUAAAGCCAUUGCAGAUCAACUUCACUGCAGUCCUUCCCUGGUCUACAAGACCCUGAAAUCUGCUGGCCUGCCUGUAAGAAGUGUGAAGUAUUCUACAAUCAGUGACAGUGAUCUUGAUGCUGUUGUACAAGACAUUCAUCGGGCACACCCUAAUGCAGGAAAUGAGAUGAUGAGUGGGUACCUUAGAAGUGAAGGACUUCAAAUACAAAGACGACGGGUUCGCCAGACUCUCAACAGGGUUGAUCCUGAAGCAGCUGCUCAGAAGUGGAGUCGUGCUAUAGUGAGACGGGUGUAUAAGGUCCCAGUACCAAACAGUCUUUGGCACAUGGAUGGACAUAUGCGUCUCAUUCGGUAG